ACUCUACUGUUCAUACCUCAUUUUUUCUCUUCUUGUUUCCCCUAUUUUAAUGUCAUUCUCUCUGAGUUUUUGAGCAAUGAAUGCAUCGACAAAGGAUAAACAGGAUAGCUUACCAAGAGUUCAGACGCUAGCAGAGAGUGGGGUCAAAACGGUUCCCCUUCAAUAUGUGAGAGCUGAUCUUGAGGCCUCCAAGCCACAUGACACGCAGGUUCCAGUCAUUGAUUGGCACGCCUUGGGCGCCCCGCAUCUACAAGAGGAGACCAUUGCAGCAAUCUCUACCGCUGCUCAAAACUGGGGUUUCUUUCAGAUCGUCAAUCAUGGAAUCCCACACUCUCUUAUAUCUCGCGUACAAGCCGUAGCCAAGGCCUUUUUCUAUCUUCCCCUUGAAGAAAAGGAAUUGUAUAAAAAUGAACAAGCUGGGAGCCCUAUUGGGUAUGGAAGCAAGCUUGGAUACUCCCCAGAUGCUAAAUUGGACUGGGGAGAUUAUUAUUAUAACGCUGCCUUGCCUCCUGACAAAAGGGAUAUGUCCAAAUGGCCCAAUCAGCCUUCUGAUUUCACGGAGGUUAUGGAUGAAUAUUCGAGAGAGAUAUGGAAAUUGUGGGAAGUGUUGAUGCAGGCGCUGAGCAGAGGAUUGGGAUUGGAGGAUGAAAAUGCAUUGAACGAGGCAGUGGGUGGAGACAGGAAAGAAAUUCACUUCAGGCUUAACUAUUAUCCACCGUGUCCUCAGCCGGAGUUGGUACUUGGACUCUCUCCUCACUCUGAUCCCAAUGUUGUUACAUUUCUUCUGCAUGACAAAACCCCAGGCCUGCAAAUUCGAAAGGAUGGAAAGUGGGUUGAUGUUCAAAGUGUCCCAGACGCCCUCAUUGUUAAUAUUGCUGAUGCGCUGGAGGUAGUAAGCAAUGGAAAAUACAAGAGCAUCGAGCACAGGAGCUUAGUUCACAAGGAUAGAGCAAGGAUGUCAUGGGCUUUCUUUUGUUCUCCACCACCCGAUGAAGUGAUUAUCUCACCUAUCAAAGAAUUGAUCGACAAAGACAACCCUCCUAUUUAUGAAGGGUCAUCUUGGAAAGAAUAUUUGCAGAAGUUUUUCAGUAAGGGACUCCAUGGGAAGGGCCAGAUUCAUCAGCUACAACAGUCGGCGGAAAUACAUCCGCACUAAGCUCCACUCUCGUUCCUCCUGGUUGUAAUCUAGGAAUAGGAAUAAGAAUAAGAAUAAAUAAAUAAGAGGGACUCCAUGGGAUGGGCCAGUUUAGUUUCUUUGCUUUUCUAGAAUAAAGCUGUUUUGUUUUUCAAAUUGUUUCCGGAUCUAGUGUGCUAGUGUGAUGGUAACUUGCGAAACAAAAUCUUGCAUGUGAUCCAUAGUCAGGACUCAAGAGUCUGUUUUACACUCACAAACUUUACUUUUGACAAGGCAGAAGUCCAACACAAAAUCCUAAGUAAAUACAUUAAUAGAAAGCAUUAUUCUCAAGGUCUGGAAAAAUCCAAAACUUAAAAUCUUAUUCACUGCUAUCAUUCUUCAA